AUGAUUAUUUUCGACGGAGACUUUGUUUCGUCUAAUUUACAACAAGAAAGUGAAGCAACAGUAAAUGAAGCUUCAUUGGCUAAAAUUGAAGAACUUUCAAUUGUGAAAGCUGGUAUAUUUAACCGCAUUCGAGGUCAAACGUUUAUAGGUCGUGCUUCUAUAGCAAUAGUUAUACAAGAAGGAGGUCCAUGGGAUGAAGAGAAACAUUGGACCUUUUGUCCCCAGAAUACAUGGGCAAUCGGUGCAGUCAACGUGUUGAGUCUCCUUGUGGCAAGUGUGAUGAUACAGCUUUAUGCUUUGGAACUGAUUUGUGGAGAUCGUCAUGGUAGCGCGGUGCAAAGAAUUCGAUCAUAUGACAGAUUAUGGGGUGGAUGGAGUGAAUCAACGUUUUGCUCUGUGUGCCGAUAUUGA